GCGCUGAUUCGCGUCUGUCUGUGGUCUUUGUGACGUCACACUAUUGAUUGUGAAAAGGAAAGAGAUCGUCUUUUGGAGACGCCAUCUUUUUAAAGUGAUAUAAGUUUUUGGUAGCGUAGAAUAUAGUUAAAAUCUAAAGUAAUCUUCGUUAGGAAAUUAGCAUUUGAGCUUAGAUAAUUAAUAUAUUAUAAUACCGAGUGAAACUGCCCAAGUUGGUGGUUAGUGCGAGGGUAACCUCCUGAUGGUGUGUACAUCGCAGCAUGUCUGCACUCUCGACGCCGGGCGGCGGAGGUACUACGGCGCAGACGAAGCCGACGUCCGGCAAGCAAAAAUAUCAGAAGUUGGACAUCAAUAGCUUAUACUGCGCCAAUAGAAACGAAAAUUCAGAACCGUCCUCAGUAAAAUCUCAGCUAAGCCGCAAACAUGGAAUGCAAAGUCUUGGAAAAGUACCUUCGGCAAGACGCCCACCGGCCAAUUUGCCUUCUCUGAAAACUGAAACUGGUCAAGAUCCAAACACUAACUCUAUUUCUGCUGCUCCUACUACUGUAUCUACUACGCCAGCAACAUGCUCCUCUCAAAUUAUAACUACAACAUCGAACAUCGGUGUGGUUGCGGGCACAGGUCCCGGCGGCUGGGUAGCGUUGCCGCCGCCUUCAUCGCCACAUUUCCGCACAGAGUUCCCUUCGCUAGAAGCAGCAGCUCAACCCUCACACCGCUCUACGGAACAUUCAGGACCGCAGCCACAACUCAGACCACAAACGGAAGGCAGCUGGACGUGCGGUGGUACUGUCGGCGUGCGUCAAGAAGCCGCAUCAUCUCCCGCCGCCGCGCCCGCCUCGACGCCCGCCUCACAACAAACGCCCGCCUUCCGUGCUAUACUGCCGUCCUUCCUGAUGAAAGGUAGCAACGGCAGUGGGCUCGGGCUGGGCACGCUGGGGGCAUUGCGCGAGACGCGCGGUACCGCCCCACCCGGCGGAGGCGGAUCGCCCGCCGGCCAGCGGCCUGCGCCGCGCCCGCCGCCUGCCACGCCGCGCGCUGUCGAGCUGCUCACCGCGCGUCCCAUCCUGCGCGACGAGCAGAUCUCCUCGCUCGACGACAUCUCGCGCGACGCCGGCUGGGCGCAAAACGACGACAUUGAUUACGAUCAAAAAUUAGAUUUCUCCGAUGGAGAGUCGUCGGCCCCCAAGUCUGCAAAUAAAAAUAACCGGGCCCACGUUGAAACAGAACGAGUGGACGCGAAACUCCAAGAACCCGGAGACGAGGAUCAAAUUUGGGCAGAACGCCGACAGAAACAUAAUAACGAGGUCACUCAGGCGGUGGCCCGCGCUAAACAGCGCAAGGAAGAGGAACAAAGGCGCCAGAUGCGCGAUUCAACGCAGCAGCUGCCGAAAGAUUCUCGUGAUAGAUCUGACAGAGGCGACAGGGAUCGCAACGAUAACAGGGAAAACAGGGAUAGGGAGCACGAUACGCGAGACAAAGAAAGGGGAGAUAACAGAGAUCGUGCCGAUAAUAGAGAAAGAGACCGCAUGGAUAUUAGGGAUAAAGAACGUAAUGAUACUCGAGAUAAUAGGGAUAGGGAAGGGCGUGACAAAGAUCGCGUCGAUAACAGAGAUCGCGACCGUAUGGAAAACCGGGACAGAUUCGAUAAUAGAGAUCGCGAUCGGGACGUAAGAGAUAGAGACCGAGAUCGUGAUCGCGACAGGAUAGAUAAUAGAGAUCGAGGUCGCAUGGAUAAUAGGGAUCGCCAAGAGAGUGAAAAGGAUAGAAUGGAUAAUCGCGACAGAGAUCGCAAUGAUAACAGGGAUCGUGGAGAUCGUGAUAGAUUUGAGAGGGACAACAGGGAACGCGGAGACAGAGACCGUGAACGCGACCGUGAUCGUGACCGCGAUCGCGAGCGUGACCGUGACCGUGAUCGCGACCGUAUAGAAAGAGAUAGAAAUGAACGCGAUCGCGAUUUCCGAGACAGAGAUCGCGAUUACGGUCGAGAGCGGGAUCAAUCGAAUCCUGCUUUUUCUAAAACUUUCCAAGCUAAUAUUCCACCUAGAUUUUUAAAGCAGCAACAAAACAGACAACAGGAUGAUCAGCACAAUAAGGCAUGGGCGUUCUCUGGUAAGCCGGGCCCUCGGCGCCAGGAACCACCCCCUUACAACGCUCCUCGUCACGCAUCACACAAUGGACGACGUUCAUACUCAAGAGAUUAUUCAGAUCGCGAGGAUGAUUUCAGAAGAGAAAAAGAUGCACCUGGGCCGCAAUGGCGUUCCGAAAUGCAAGAUUAUGACAGAACUGGUAGAGACCACAUAGAAAGGUCUAAUUCCAAGGACUCUUAUAAGGAUUAUGGGGAAUACAAAGACAGAAAACCGACCGAUUUGCCCAGCGCCAUAGAAAGUUGCAAUAGAACAGCUGCUGAUAAAUUGACAGAAGUCUUUGAAAGAAAAAGUAUUGGUGUUGCUGAAUCUUUUGCUUCUUCCGAUUCAUCUCAAACACAAGUAUUGGAACGACGCAAUUCGCCACCUUCAAAUUCUUCUCAAAGAGAAUCAUCCGAGAGAGAUUUCGGUAAAACUUCUUGGGCUGAAGUAACCCAAGAAGAAUCUAGUAACUACUCCACUCUAAAAGGUCCUGUAGAAAAAACUGCGCCUACAGAAAGUGAACAGAUUGCAAAAGAGCCUACAAAGCAAUCUUCAAUGGAUAAUGACAUCAAAACGAUUCCACAACCAUUACAAACGCCUUCAGCUCCAUUGCCACAACAAGUACCAACACAGAUGAGCAAUACAUCGGCAGUUCCCUUGCAACUAAUACAAACCCACAAAUAUAACAAUAAUAAUCAAUCGUCUGGUACACAAAGCUUGCCUCAAAAUUUGCAAAUAACUCAAGUUAAUUCUUAUGCAAAUAACCAAGUUCCACCUACCACUCCUAUUACUCAAUCUCAGCCUCCACAGUCCGAAAAUCAAACACUUACUAAACCUACUAACCAAUCAUUACCUAAACCUGCUAAUGUUAAUGAAAAUUUUGCUCCUCCUCCAACUCAAAAACAAUCUGAACAAUUACUUGUACCUACUGCAAAUAAACCAAUGUUUCCAUCACAGAAAUCCGAGAGGGAACUUUCUGAGUCUGAAUCUAUUGCAUCUAAGUCGAGUACGGAUCCUUCUGGGUUAGUAGGUAUGAAAACAAUUGAAGGAAUUUCUGUAGAAUCUCUUCACGCUAAUGUCGAUUCGCAAAAGCGAGCGAGCGAUGAAAAACGUAAUGAACGAUUCAGCAACGAGCAGCUAAACAAAAUUCCUCCGAAGGAUCCUGUAGAGCGUAAGUCAAGUGGAUCGGGAUCUGAAAAGAAAAGUAGAGGGUAUGGUAGCAGCGGUUACGCUGUUUACAACAGAGGUUGGGGACCUAGAGAAUCUCGUGGGCGACGUUCUCACCGUAGCUCACGCUCUAAUAAUAGGGCCAGUGAAUCUGAUGGCUCUACUGAUGGAGCUCCAAAUUCUGAACGUAAAGAGAGACGCAGGGCUCCACGGAGUCCUCGUGGGCCCAAGAAAACUGAUAGACCUGAAGACUCCAAUCGCCCUAAUGCUUCCGAGCAUACGCCUUCGGUGUCCGAUGGCUUAGAAAAUAGGGAGCCGUUUGCACCACGAGGGCAACCUUCACGACGUGGGCGGGGAGGAUUCCAAGGUACAACGAGACCACCAGCGCCGGCUAAACGGGUCACAGGCUAUGGUCCUCCAAAUACUAAAAGUCCUUUCAGCCAAGCAAAUAGAGUUAAGGAUGAUGAAAUCAAUAAGGAUGGCUCACAGCCAGACGAAAAAGGCAAGGCUAACAACAAACCGCGAACUGGUUCUUCCACCGGUAGGGGUCGUGAUCGUCGGCCUAAAGGAGCUGGACCUCUUAGCGGUGAGGAUGAGAAUUGGGAAACGACAUCAGAACAUUCCGAAGGCGGUGGUAACACUGGCCGACAUCGAUCUGUAGGAGGUAGGCAAACAGGGCAAUCUCAAAAACCUCAAGGAGGACGUAACCAAAAUGCAGGCAACCGUCAAAAUAACAAUCGCAAUGCUCCGAACAAUAAGAAGGACGCUGCAGGUGAUAGCAAAACUACUGAAAUUACAGAGGCUAUGAUUGAUCUGAAGCUGUUAUCUGCUGUCAAGAAAGACGACGAAGUUGUGGACGACGGAUUCCAAGAAGUGAGGAAUAAAAAGAAUUCUAAGGACAUGAGGGGGCUACAGACAAAAGAUGACAUUCAACAAGCGCCAAAGCAACCUAGAUCUCACUCGAACCAAGGUGGUGGUAGGAAUGGAUCAUCCUCAAGGAAUUCUAGUGAUAAGUCAAAUUCUCGCGGGACAGCGUCUACAUCUGGUAAAUCUGGUUCACAAUAUGAGCGUCCACGCCAAGCUAACUUGGCGCCACGUUUUGUCAAACAAAGACAAAAGCAAAUGGGUCUGGUAACCGCAUUCGGUCCAGAUACAGGUGCGGCCCCACCACCGCCACCAGUAAACGCUUGGGAUAAGCCCAUUUCGCAAACACUGCGUGGAAAUGUCGAAGAACCUGCAGAACCUGUUGAAAACAAGUCGGGUCAAUCGAGUCAACGUAGUACUCCUGCAGAAACUAUAUCGGAAGUGAAACCAGCACCACAGGCCACUGUAUCUUGUGCUAUGGCUUCAGAAAAAGCUGGUGUACUUGACGGGACCACACCGCCUGUAGAAACUAUUAUAUUUGAGAAUACAAACUAUAAGACUGCUCCACCUGCCGAGGCCUUAAAACAAAAAUAUCAACCCAGCGCUAAUGCUGCCAAAACGCAAGGCGAAGAAAUUCCUGCUGAAAUGGAACCUAGAGCUUUGCCUUUCAAUGGGGACGUACGUCCUCGCCCGAGAUCUAUACAGGAACUCAUUGGCGAUAAUGGGAGACCAACAGGGGAUGGCGACGGUUCUUUGGCUAUACAGAUGUCUUUCGAAUCGUCUCAGAAACCUGAAGAUUCAUCUGACAUGAAGCUUGAUUUCGCCUUUGAUUCUGAUCUGGGGCAACUCACUGAAGAUAAAACUGCAAAAACACUUGGUUUACCGCGUGGUGUACACAUGAGUACAUCGAACACGAUUUCUCCUCUCGCUGCAGAUCUCAAUUUGAAAAUAGCAAGCGUAAAGAAAGUUUGGGAAAUGCCGGCAGUCGCCGAGGGAUCAGAAGAUUUACAGUUUGCUGGAUUUGAAGAGAACAAUACAGAAACUGGUGCACCGCCGAACGUUUGUAAAGUGAAACCGACGCAGCAGCUACAGUCGCCACCGCCUCAACACUAUAACCAUGUGGGUUAUCAAGGAGGUUACGGAGGCCUAUCGGUUCCCUCGCCACCUGCAGUUUUGUUUAACUCAUCACAGCAGUUAUUGGGGUCAUCACAACAAUUACAACAACAAGGCGGGUUGUAUGGUGCUUUCCUUGAUCAAAGUCGAGGGCAGUUUGGUGGAUUCCCUGGCACUCCUUAUGGCGCCGGUUCUGCUGCCCCAUAUAAUUAUCAGCCACCGCCUGACAUGUUCCAGAGCCUUCCAAGUCAAUAUAGAAUGGCGGCAGCUGCAGCAGCCGGUGGUGGUGCAGCCUUCGGUCAGUCGGGACAGAUCGCAAAUAGUCCGAACACUGUCCUAAUUUCCAGCACCUCCAACUCGCUCAUGUCAGCUACCGUCAAACCUUCGAGUCAGCAAAUUGGAGCUAUUGGAAGCAAAGGUGGCGGCGUAGGCGGCGUCGGCGGCGUGGGUGGCGUGAACACGUACCAACAGCAGUACCUCGGCUACUCGGGCCCCGUAGGCGAGGCGCCGUACUCUUUACCCGGGCUACUGCCGCGGCCUGCGCCCCCCGCCAGCUCCUACUACUCUCCGUACCAACCGCCCGCCGCGCCGGCACCGACUUACCCGCUGCAGUUCACGCAGCCAGCGCAGUCGGGCGCGUUCGGCUCGCAGUUCCUGUCCUCGCAGCUGCAGGUGGCGGCCGCGGUGCAGCAGAUGCAGCAGCAGCAGUAUCGCACGCCGAUGCAGCAGCAAUACGCGCCGCCGCAGCCGCGCCCCCCUCCGCAGCAGCAGCUCAAGAGUCCCUUACACGAGCAUGCGAACGGUUUCGCGCCAUUAUGCGACGCCGCAUCGCCAACGCCCAAAGGCGCGAAGCCGCAGAAGCCACCACACUCGCCGCCGCAGCACAAGUACCACGCGCAUCCGCCGCCCGCGCACACGCCGCACCAACACCCGCAUCACCAUCAACAACACCAGCAGCAGCAGAUGGUCGGUCCCGGUCCGGGGAGCGGCGCCGGCGGACGGUGCGGCUCGCAGCAGGGCGGCGGUGGCAUGCGCGGCACAAUGGUGGCGCCGCGCUACCCCGCGCCUAUCCAGCGUCCGCACGCGCCGCCCGCGCCCCUGCCGCUGUACCGUGCGCCCGCGCAACCGCCGCGCACGCACCACGCGCCCCGCCACAACCUGUACUACCACCACCAGCAGCGCAAUGGCAGCGGAGGUGGCGAGCGUGCAGCUGAGACAGGCGAGGCGCCGCCCGCCGUGGACGAGCCCGCCGAGCCGCCGCCCGCGCCCGACGCUCCGCCUGCCCCCGAGGUUAAGGCCGACUGAGCCCGCGGCAUCUCGCCCUCUCGCUCGCACCACUCCCAACUCGUUCACAAGUCGCCCACGUCGCGGUCACGGCGUUGACUUUAGGUUUUUCGGUAUUCUAAUUAAGUCGUAAAUUAUGGAAGUGAUUUAAGAUUAUUUAAGAUGCGCACGUGUCGCCGUGCCCGAUGCCCGGCGGCGCGGCUCGGCCACUCCGCCUCCGGCCCGGCGGUCGCUAGCUGCGCCCUGUUUGUAUAUAAAUAUUUGAUCGGACGGACAUCCGGCUGUCUACUUGACUGUUACAUUUAAGUAUAUAUAAACGCGAAAAGUCGGCGGCCUCGCUACUCGCGGCCGGAGUAUCGCGAGGACUACACGUCCGACUGACAGAUGCUGCCUCGAGACCUCUCAUUAGUGAAUAUGUAGCGACGGUUUUUGCAGAACGAAUGUCGAUGCAAUAUAAAUGAAUAAUAAAUGUAAUUCGGAGUGAAAGCGUACCGUUCGACGUUGAUCGUCGAGCGCACGUUUAAACUCCAUGUAUCAUAAUCAAUUAUUAUAUGCGAAUAAAAUUAUAAUGACCUA